AUGGUCAAUCCUGAAGUUCAAGCUACUUUCCAAAAGCUUAGCGAAGGCAAGAGAGAAUACCGUUACAUUCUCUUCAAGAUCCAGGAGCGCGAAGUAGUCGUUGAGGCUGCUGUUUCUCAAGAAGAGCUUGGCCUUAGCGGCGGUGAUGAUUACGAAGAUAACUCCAAGGCUGCUUUCGAGAAGUUUGUUGAAGAUGUCAAGACUCGCACUGAGAACUACACUGAUUGUCGUUAUGCUGUCUUCGACUUCAAGUUCACUUGCUCUCGUGUAGGAGCUGGAACUUCCAAGAUGGAUAAGAUCGUUUUCCUCCAAAUCGUCCCUGAUACUUCCACCAUCAAGAAGAAGAUGGUGUACGCUUCAUCUGCUUCUGCCAUUAAGGCUUCUCUCGGAACAGGAAAGAUGCUCCAAUUCCAAGUUUCGGAUGAAUCUGAACUCUCUCAUAAGGAAUUGCUCAGCAAGCUUGUUGAGAAAUACGCCGACAACUAA